GACGAGGUGGAUAUACAAUGAAAUAUACACAAUACAAUACAAAAUUUCUGGGCAUCCCCCUCAACUUCAGAGCUCUUAAAGACGGAGAGCGGGAGACAGAGACUGAGGAUCGGAAAACUCUAACCCAAGAAAGAAAAAAGCAGGAAAUGGACGUUGCUAAUGAGGAAGCGAUCAAGCAGUUCCAGUCAUUAAUGGAAGAGGUAGAUGAGCAACUGAAGGACACAUUCAAGAAUAUGCACCAGGGUUAUCCAAUCGAGACAUUGGUACGGUUUCUUAAAGCCAGAGACUGGAAUGUUGCCAAAGCACAUAAAAUGUUGGUUGAUUGCUUAAAGUGGAGAAUACAAAAUGAGAUUGACCUUAUACUAGCGAAACCUAUCAGCCCCAUUGAUUUGUACAGAGCAGUGAGAGAUUCUCAGCUUGUAGGAUUGUCUGGUUAUUCGAAGGAGGGACUUCCUGUCAUUGCUGUUGGGGUUGGGCUCAGCACAUUUGACAAAGCAUCUGUACAUUACUAUGUGCAGUCCCACAUACAGAUGAAUGAGUACAGAGAUCGCGUAAUACUGCCUUCUGCAACAAAGAAGCAUGGACGGCAUAUUGGUACCUGUCUGAAAGUUUUAGACAUGACUGGUUUAAAGCUUUCAGCUCUGAGCCAAAUUAAGCUUUUGUCUGCUAUAUCUACAAUUGAUGACUUGAAUUAUCCAGAAAAGACACAAACAUACUACAUUGUAAAUGUCCCCUAUGUAUUUUCCGCAUGUUGGAAGGUUGUGAAGCCUCUUUUGCAGGAAAGGACAAGGAGGAAAGUCCAGGUUCUGCAAGGUUGUGGGAGGGAUGAGUUACUGAAUAUAAUGGAUUAUGGAUCCCUCCCACAUUUUUGUAGAAGAGGGGGCUCUGGAUCGUCCAGGCAUCAUGGAAAUGGGAGUGCUGACGAUUGUUUCUCCUUGGACCAUGCAUUCCAUCAAGAGCUCUACGAAUAUAUCAAGCAAGCAGCUUUGCGUAUGGAGCCUGUUUCACUUACCAAGCAGGGUUCAGUUCAUGUAGAUGUUCCAGAGCCAAGCCUAGAAGAUGCCAAGAUUGCCAAGACCAUAGAAACUGAGUUCCACAAGUUGGAAAAUCGGAAUAGUCUUGCCAACUCAUCGAAUGGCUUUAAAUUUACAAGUGAUUGAAACUUUAGGAAUAAAGCCCACUUGCUAGCCCACAUUACUACACUUUAACCUGAUACUCAAACGGCCAGACACGCUCGUCAGUGACUACAGUGAGAGAGGUCGUACUCCAAUUAUCAGACUUGAAAAUGUUUACUUGCAUCAGCUCGAUGCAGGUUUUUUUAUGUUUUUUUAUUUUAAGGGACAGACUACAGAGCCUAACCUGGUGUAGUUUGACAUUACCACCUUAGGGUGGAUGAUCAAAAUUAGUUCGAUUAAUGCAUGCAUGCAGCGUGCGAACAA